AUGGCUCCCGUCCUCUUGACCGCCUUCGUCUUCCUGCUGGCCUUCCUCGGCACCGGCGCGUCGGACGGGGAGGAUUACGCCGGAGACGAGGCGGAGCGGACGGCCGGUGACAGCCUCGUUUUCGACGACUACCGAGGGAAAGGAUGCGUGGACGACAGCGGUUUCGUCUACAAGCUCGGGGAGCGCUUCUACCCGGGCCACUCCAGCUGCCCGUGCGUGUGCACUGAGGACGGGCCGGUGUGCGACCAGCCCGAGUGCCCCAAACUUCACCCCAAGUGCACCAAAGUGGAGCACAACGGCUGCUGCCCCGAGUGCAAGGAGGUGAAAAACUUUUGCGAAUACCGAGGAAAAACCUACAAAAUUCUGGAAGAGUUUAAGCCGUCACCUUGUGAAUGGUGCCGCUGCGAACCAAAUAAUGAGGUGCACUGUGUGGUGUCCGACUGCGCCGUCCCAGAGUGCGUCAACCCUGUGUACGAGCCGGAGCAAUGUUGUCCCAUCUGUAAAAAUGGUCCAAAUUGCUUCGCUGGAUCGACGAUCAUCCCAGCUGGAAUUGAAGUAAAAGUGGACGACUGCACCAUCUGCCGCUGCCAUGUUGGAGAUUGGUGGAAACCGGCACAGUGCUUGCGGCGCGAGUGCCUCAACGGCCAGUCGUCGUAGAGAGACUCCAGUGGGGAUGCGAGAUAUGAUCAGGUGGCGCCCUGCCAACCUACUCCGCCAUUUUACAUGACUGACAGGGCAGGAGCACAAUUCUGAAGCAAGCUGAUGCGGAAUACUGUCCAAUAUGACAUGGUCUCGUGAUUCCAGAGUUGAUGAUGAAGGUGACGAUGAUGGACGUGGAACUGGGCUUCGGUCUUUUCCCAACACUUUUCACUCAUAUUUGCAGAAUUUGACUUGCUUAGCUUGCCGCCUUCAACGCUUCAGGUUUGAACUUGUUCUUC